AUGGAAGUAGCCGCAGACACCCUGAACAUUUCGACACGCUCCGCUGAUGCAACAGCCGAUGCGACGCCAGUUGCAGCGCUUAUAGACGAACUUCGUCACGACGAUGUAUCGCUACGCAUACACGCGAUACAGGAGCUUCCACGGAUAGCGAAAGCCAUCGGGGAAGAACGAACACGUACGGAGCUACUGCCUUUCGUGCUGGAGACCAUAGAUGAUGAAGAUGAGGUCCUGCUCGCGCUUGCGGGCCAGUUGGACGAGCGCUUUCUCCCAUACGUCGGGGGAAAAGACUAUCUAUCUGCGAUGCUCGAACCGCUGGAACAACUCGCUCAGGUUGAGGAGACCGUUGUUCGGGAGCGUGCUGUCGAAUCGAUUCUCUCGCUCGCUCGCUGCUGUGAACCGGGCGAGCACUGGUUUCUGGACGCUUUCUACCCAUUGCUGAAGCGGCUCGCCGAAGGUGACUGGUUUACUUCGCGUAUUUCGGCAACAGCGCUUUUUGCGACCACAUACGCUGGACUUGUGGCGUCUGAGACAGAUGCGCGGGCGGAGCUGCGGUCGCUGUUUCUCUCUCUGGCGAAGGACGACACGCCGAUGGUGCGGCGGGCAGCAGCGUCGCAUCUUGCUGAGUUUGCGGCAGCGCUCGAGCCAGUUCACGUGUCGGGUUUCCUGCUCAAAUUAUUCGCAGAGCUCGCGGAAGAUGACCAGGAUUCUGUGCGACUGCUGGUUGUAGAGAACGCGGAAAAAAUCGUGAGCCUCUUGCCUGAGACAGAUCGACCGACGCUGUUCGCACUAGUUCUCCGCUUGGCGGCAGACAAGUCGUGGCGAGUUCGAUACUUAGUCGCAGAUCGACUGAGUACAAUCAAACCCGAUGGUAUGGUGGGUAUCUUUUGCCGCUUGCUUCGUGACGGGGAAGCAGAGGUACGCACUGCGGCAGCGCUGAAGCUCGCCGAUGUUGUCCGAGCUGCCAGCUCUGAGGCCACCGUACAGGAGCUCGUUCCCGUUAUGAAGGAGCUUGUCCACGAUGCCAAUCAGCACGUCCGAACUGCAGUCGCUGGCUCGAUCCUGGCACUGGCGCCCAUCAUGGGCCGUUCUCAUACGCUGCAGGUAUUGUUUCCACUUGUUUUGAUUCUGCUCAAAGACGAUUGCCCCGACGUACGACUGGGCGUGAUCUCGAACCUCGACCAGCUCAGCGCAGUAGUGGGCAUCGAGCGUCUCGUGAGCGACCUGCUUCCUGCUAUUGUUGAGCUCGCCGAGGAUCGCAACUGGCGUGUCCGUCUAGCCAUCAUUCAGCAUAUGGCAUCGUUGGCCAAGCAGCUUGGGCGGCAGUACUUCGACCUCGAUCGCAAGCUGGGCCUGCUCUGCGUAGCGUGGCUCACCGAUGCGGUAUACGCUGUUCGAGAGGCAGCGAUCAAAAACCUGGCAGAGCUGGUGCGUUUAUUCGGGGCUAGCUGGGCAAUCGAACAGGCGAUACCCUGUGUCCAGCGUAUUUUUGAGACCAGCACCUCCUACCUGUACCGGAUUACAGCGUUGCAGGCGAUGGGAGAGCUCGCAACUGUUCUGGAUCCGGGAACCAAUGAAAAGUACCUGUUGCCCCUGCUGGUCCAAAAGGCGAGCAGCGACCCGGUUCCGAACGUGCGUCUUGUUACCGCGAAAACACUUAUGCGACUGGCUCCAUACAUUUCGAAGCAAGCUCGUAUGACGCAGUUGCGGCCAGCACUAGAGGCGCAUUCCUCAGCGAGCGACGCCGAAACCGACGUCGACGUCGCCUACCAAGCCGACAAGGCACUAGUCCAUCUCUCCGCCAUGGAUCAGGAAACACCGUAA